AUGUUUAAUGAUGAUCAAAAUGCAAAUAAUUAUUUCCCAACUAAAUUAGGAAUUGAUAGACCUGCUAUUGAUUUUACUUCUUCAGUUUGUAAUUUUCUUAAAAAUGAUGUUUACAAAAGACAAUUCGAGCGGAGGCUGUAUGUGAAUCAUCCCAUAUACUUAAGAAGAAUAAAACCAUUAUUUUGUUAUAGUAAUAUGAUAGAUAGAUAUGACGGUGUGAUGUCUCAUUUGGCUUGUUCUUGUUUAAAUAAAAGUAAAGGGAUGAUUGUAAGUUUAAAAUGGUUUAAUGAUGGUAAAAGAUUAUUAACAGGUACUCAACUGAGUGAAUUAUGUAUAUGGAAUGGAUUAUAUUUUAAUUUUGAAGAUAUGAAAAGAAUACCUAUAGGUGGUGGAUCAGUUACGUGUUUAGAAUGGUCAAAAAAUGAUAAUUUAUUUGCAGGUAAUUCAUUAGGUCAGAUUGUUAUAUUAUCAUCUGCAUUAAACUUAUUAGAUAAUUAUGCUUUCGAAGGAUUAACAAAAAAUGUCUUAGAUAUUAGUUUAUCUUGUUGUAAUACCAAAUUAGCUGGAUGUGCAGAUACUUGUAAUCCUAUUAUAUGGGAUAUAAAAACAAGAAAAGUUAUAAAAGAUUUAAAAUGUAAAAAUAUUGAUACCAAUAAUAUUAGCUGUUUAGCAUGGAAUCCUAUUAAUGAUAUAGUAGCUAGUGGUAAUAGAACACAUACAAUUUCUUUUUGGGAUAUACGAAUGAAUAAACCUAUCAUUUCUUUAAAUUCACAUAAAGCUAAUGUAAAUAAAAUAAAAUGGAAUAACAAUGGUAUAUAUUUAUUAAGUUGUAGUAAGGAUAGCUUAAUUAAAUUAUGGGAUAUUCGAAAUUUCAAAUUAUUAUAUUCAUAUAAAAAUGAUCAAAUACAAAAUAAUAAAUUUACAGCUAAUUACGAACCUACAUAUAUUGCUUGGAAUCCUAUACAAAACCAUAUUUUUUCAAGUGCAGAUAAUAAAGGAAAUAUCAAAUUCUAUAGUACUAAUGAUAAUAAAUGUAUUCAAACAAUUCUAUCAGCACAUGGUAUUGAUAAUAAAAUAUCAUCUAUAUCUUUAUUGGAUUGGAAUCCUCUUGGUCAUAUACUUACAUCAUUCGGAGAUGAUAAAUUGUUGAAAUUCUGGUCAACGUCUAGUACUGGUUCUAUCUAUUCUAAAGAAAUCGAUGCAAAAUCAUUAGUUCAAGUAACUAACAGUGGAACAUUUCCAAAUUCUAGAUAUAUCAAUGAUGAAUACAUGUUAGAUGUAAAUAGCAAUCAGUCUAUCUCAGAUUCUGAUGAAAAUGAUUACCAACAAAAUAUACUAAACAAUAAUUAUUACAAAGUGAUAGACAAAAAAAAAAAAAAAAAAGUAAAAAAGAAAAUUAUAAAAUGA